UCACAAGACCACGCAUAGACAAUAUUUUAUCACUUGUCUUCUGUCAUCAGGUGAUUUAGGUUUGGAAGUGAAAAAGUCCUGAAAUUGGGAUAAAACGCCAAAUAUUUUCCUAAAUCAAUAUGUCUGGAAAAGAUAGAUUAGCGAUUUUCCCUUCUCGUGGUGCUCAGAUGUUGAUAAAGGGCCGUCUGGCUGGUGCACAGAAAGGCCAUGGUCUCCUGAAGAAGAAGGCUGACGCCCUCCAAGUGAGGUUCCGUAUGAUUCUGAGCAAAAUUAUUGAGACAAAGACCCUUAUGGGUGAAGUAAUGAAAGAAGCUGCAUUCUCAUUGGCUGAAGCUAAGUUUACUACCGGAGACUUCAACCAGGUGGUUCUGCAGAACGUUACCAAGGCUCAAAUUAAGAUCCGCUCAAAGAAAGACAAUGUUGCUGGUGUAACCCUCCCAAUUUUCGAGUCAUACCAAGACGGUACUGAUACAUAUGAGCUGGCCGGUCUGGCCCGAGGUGGUCAGCAACUCACCAAGCUGAAGAAGAACUUCCAGAGUGCUGUCAAACUGCUGGUUGAAUUGGCUUCCCUGCAGACAGCCUUCGUGACCCUUGAUGAGGUCAUUAAGAUCACCAACAGGCGUGUCAACGCUAUUGAGCAUGUAAUUAUCCCGCGAUUGGAGCGCACACUCGCUUACAUCAUCUCUGAGUUGGAUGAGCUGGAGCGUGAGGAGUUCUACCGGCUUAAGAAGAUCCAGGACAAGAAGAAGAUUAUCAAGGAUAAGGCGGAGGCGCACAAACAGGCGAUGUUGGCUGCCGGUAAGGACCUGGCUGACUCUGCGAACUUGCUCGACGAAGGCGAUGAAGACCUCUUGUUCUAAGGCCUAGGCCUCCAAUGUAGACACUCAUAUAUCUAGCCAGUUGUUAGUAGCGUGCAGUCAAGGCCUAUCAAAAAUCUAAGUCAAAAAUCUUUGACCAAUUCUGCCCCAUCAGGAACUUUUGAUGCUACCCAUGCCACGCAUCCCUCCUCAGUUUCCAAACUUGACUGCAUGAAUAAAAUGAUAUUACAGUGUUCAUUACCUACGUUGUAAAUACAGUAUUGUUGUAUCACUGUUAAAUAUUAACUAUGUGCUGUUAAAUCUUUACGUCACCUACUAUUGCGGUUUAAAACGGCUAUUUAUUAUUAAGAUUGGCUGUUUGCUUAGGCGUUUGUUGUAUGUAAGCAUUCCACCACAUUUUGAUUUUGUUUUUAUUUUUCAAAGCUUUUUGAAACGCUGUAUGUAGCAUAAAAUCAGUAUAAGUACACCUAUUAAGUAUUUAUGGUUUUUGAAUUGUUGUUUGGUAACUAACUUAACGAAAUAUAUUUUAAGUAAGCAAUCAAUCAUGUAAAUACAAGUUUGUGAAGCGAAAUAUAUUAUUAUUAUUAUUGA